CUCAUGAGUCGAGACAAAGCAUGUAGCACUACGUUACCAACGCUGCAAGGCUUGCCUGCUCCGACGCGUACGAGUUUACGUUCAACACAGAUCCUGACGUCUUUGCCCCAAAUCGUCUCUGAGUUGCUGCAAAAUUCGCUGGACGCCGGCUCUUCGCACAUCGAAGUUGGCGUGAACUGCGAGGAAUGGAGUUGCUGGGUAAAAGAUGACGGUACUGGUAUUCCGAAAGAUGGCUUGCGCAAGCUUGCGGAAUGCUCAGAGCAGCGCCGGUACCAUACUUCUAAGGCGUACGACUUGAACUCCCUUAUCGACGUAUCAACGUUUGGAUUCCGUGGUGAAGCGUUAGCUUCAGCCGCGGAGGUUUCGUGCCUCGAGGUUGCUUCAAGGACAAACGUAUCUCGAGAAUGCUGGUCUAUUCUUGUUAAGGGCCCGAAUAUUUUGUACGACGGCCCUUCAGUCCGCUGGCGAAGAGAGACGCAAGGGACCGUAGUCUGCAUUCGUGAUGCAUUCUUCAAUAUUCCAGUCAGACGUUCGUCGCACACGGCGCCUGGCAAGACGCUGGAGACGAUCCAGAGGGACAUUGAAACAUAUGCACUGAUGUUUCCCGGUGUGUCCUUCACGCUUGAGGAUACCAAUAAUCGUGGAGCCUCAAGCACGUCCCGUACCACCAAGAGAUUAAUGGCAAUACCGAAGACCACUUCCACGGUUGCAUCGUUUCGACACAUGUUUGGCAGGGCGCUAGCAGAGCAUGUUGAGGAAAUCAAUGUUACCUCAGGUGAUAUGGCAUUGAAAGGUUUCAUCAGUUUAGAAGGGGCUCUUGGGAAGUCAUACCAGUUUCUCUAUUUGAAUCAACACCCCAUCGCACAGGGCGGUCUACACCACGUGAUUGAAAGCCAGUUUACCGCGAGUUCCUUCGGGAAGAACGCCUACGAUGAAUCGGGCGCAACCAGCCUCCCUCGAUCAACCAGCCGCCGAUCGCCACGGAAGGCUCAACGCCAUGCUGUAUACUGUCUGGAUCUAACAAUAUCGCGGGCGCAUGUUGACAAUGUUCUCGAGCCGGCAAAGGUGACCGUGCACUUCGCGACUGACGAAGCUGUCUCGACGUUUCUCAGAGACGCAAUACAUCAUUUCUUAGUUCGGAACGGAUUUGCUCAGCAGCGGUUGAGUCGUUCCGCUACGGUUCACUCACCAUUGCCCAAGCGUUUGAAGACCAGUCAUGGGGAAGGCCAGCUUACGAUACUUGCUCGUACUGGAUCGAUGGCACGACCAGCGUGCCAGAACAAGCCCUCUUCACUCGACGCUGCGUGUACUAUCAUUGGCGACGGGCAAGAGAAUGUGACGAAAUCGGUUUGGACGGAUCCUUCCACAGGCGAACAGUUUGUCGUCGAUACUCGCACCGGGUUCUCAUAUCGAAGGGAAAGGAAUCCGACUACCCUCCUGCAAGAUGGGCACGAGUGGUCUUCGGGUCGGGAUACUUACGAGGGCCGACGGACUCUGAGCGCGCCCUGGAUAAAGAAGCUCGGCGAUCGUCACACGGGGUCGCAAACUGUUGACACAGUUCCCGAUUGGAUUCGCAAUGCGCUUUGUGCUAAUCAGUCUUAUUCCGUGUCGGACCCUGCGAUUCCGACGGUGCCUCCUCAUGCCUCGGCGGUCUCCCACAGCAACCAUGCUGUACGUAGGGCAGAUUACAUGUCCCUCGGUCGGUGUUCUCAAUCGCACCAUGACCGAUAUGGCCACGCGCCAAACAAAUUUGGAGAACCGAUCUCGCAGCAACUUUCUGCAGGGCAACUGGCCCGUGCAAGAGUCCUUGGUCAAGUCGACAGGAAAUUCAUAGCAUGCUUGCUUGAUGCCGAGGCGGAUACCCGGACGGAAAUAUCGUUAUUUCUAGUCGAUCAGCAUGCGGCCGACGAGCGAGUCCGCGUAGAGCAUUUCCUAGAAGAGCUUUGCCAGGGUUAUCUUCGAUAUGAUCCUGCUACAAGCCAGGGAGUCGAGGUCUUGCCGCUAGACCCUCCGGAGAGGGUAUUGCUCACGCAACACGAAGCAAGUGUCUUCGCUCGGUCAGCAUAUAUUGCGAAGGCAUUCGAACGAUGGGGCUUUCACAUAACUUCUGUAUCAGAACAGGACAGCUCGACUUCCUCCCUCGGCAAGGACUACUGUCAAGUCGUGGUGCACACUGUCCCUCUAAUUGUCGGGCAGAAGGUCACUCAGGGUAAUCAACUUCAAGAGUUCGUGAAGACGUAUAUUGCGCAGUUGACAAGCGAAGGCGAAUUUGCUUCCGGACCACAGACCGCCGAAGAUCCUGCUGACGAGGGCUCCUGGCAAUCUGCCCUACGCUGGAUGCCUGGCGCUCUUCUGGAAAUGGUCAACUCGAAAGCAUGCAGGGGCGCCAUCAUGUUCAACGAUCCUCUGAAGAAGGAACAGUGCGAACGUCUCAUAGAACAGCUCUCUACGAAAGCCUUCCCUUUCCAAUGCGCUCACGGAAGGCCCUCGGUGGCACCAUUGAUGACCAUCGCAAACGCGCCCAAUCCUCGGCGGGCUGUGGCGGAUUGGUCGCGCAUGGACGCUUUUGCGUCACCACGACCGACGUAGCCAAUCGAUAGUAGUCUCUGCGGAGUGGUGUAAG